AUGACGGCUCUUUCUAAUUCUAGAGGCUUUGUAAUUUCCCCAAUUCUACCUUCUUCAACGAGUUUCGUUACGACGGCGACAAUGGCCAGUGAUCAAAGUACGGCGAAAACCGUUAACUCCGUGCCAAAUUCUUCGAUGAAGCUCCUAUUUGUCGAAAUGGGUGUUGGCUAUGAUCAACAUGGGCAGGAUAUUACAUCAGCUGCAAUGCGGGCUUGUAGGGAUGCUAUCUCUUCUAAUUCAAUCCCUGCUUUCAGGAGAGGGUCUAUACCUGGUGUUUCCUUUGAUGAGAUGAAACUGCAGAUUAAGCUGGGAGUUCCUCAACCUCUCCAGCAUCUUUUGGAUAUUGAGAAGGUCAAAUCAGUUUUCCCUUAUGGAGCAAUAUCAAAUGUUGAGGUUGUGGAUGGUGGUCUAAUAUGCUCAAGUGGUGUGCAUAACAAAAAAAGAACUAUUGUUUUGCAAAUUGUCUACGAAUCGAGUAUUUCAUUGAUUAGCAGGAUGGCCAUAUUUUUUGGCAAUCGAACCCGGGAUCAAUAUAGGGACAGCUUGAAGAUUCGUAGAGGAAAUGAAGAAUUGGACACCCAGUGGCCACGAAACAAAUUGCAUCCUCUUGCAAUGCAAGUUGUCCACUCGCAUUGCAAAGUAACUCGGCCGUUACGUAGGAAAAGAGUACUGCAUUACAAGGCUUUGUACUCGAAAACCAUUGUCUAA